AGUGGGAACGCAAGAAGUUGCUGGUGUGCACUUGUCAAAUUCAGUGCAGUUCUUUAGUCCAACAUAUGCUUCUGCUGGUUCAGAGGAAACUGUUGAACCUUACACCACCGAGAAGCUCAGUCGUAUUCCUGGAGGUUACGUACCUCUGACAGAACCCUGUCAAGUAAUGACAGUAGAUUUCAACAAUCUGCAGGAGCUGAAAAGCCUUGCAGCUAGAAAGCCCUGGAAGCUCAGCCUGCCAGUCACUGAAGGAGGAAUACUAGAUGCUAUUGUGGUGUGGUUUGUACUACAGCUUGAUGACGAGCACGCUCUAUCUACAAGUCCCAGUGAGGAAACUUGCUGGGAGCAGGCAGUCUAUCCUGUGCAGGGCCUCCUUGAUUAUUGUGUGAAGACUGGAGAUACUGUGAUGAUGGAAGUUUGCUGCCAAGACUGCUACUUGAAGAUCCAGAAGAUUUCUUCUUUGACUUCAGAGUGUAGGAUGGACUUCAGUGACAAAGACGACACACUGAGUUUGGGCAAUGAGGCUGAAUUAUGUAAUGCUCUGGCCGGUCUUCAGACGACUAGCAAACAUGAUGGCAACAGUCAAGUAUGUGUGUUGGAAUCCACAGAAGUAGCCCUCCUGAACAAUGUACCAUACCACGAAUGCUUUAAAGCUGCCAUGGGCAAAGUGCUGUUGUCAUUAAAUCCAAGUAAGGACUUGCAGUCCAUGGAUGUUGAUGGACAUGGCAGUGGGAUGAACCUCCAAGAGAGUCAAAACAAGAGCUCUCUAGAUGUGGCUCCUGAUCCUUUGUACAUUUUAGAUGUAUCUGAAGGCUUCUCCAUCCUGCCAAUUAUAGCUGGCAAACUUGGACCGGUUAGAGCCUACAGUUCUAUUGAGAAAGAACAGCAUCAAGCAGCACUUAAUGUAAUUUCAGAAGCUAACCAUUUCCCUAAGGAAACAUUAGAGUUUUGGCUUAGCCACUUAGAAGAUGAAAGUGUGGUGCUACAGAGACCCAAAUCGGACAAAUUGUGGAGUAUUAUUAUCUUGGAUGUUAUAGAGACAUCAGGUUUAAUCCAGCAGGAGGUGAUGGAAAAGGCUGCAAUAUCCAGAUGUUUACUUCACAGCGGAGGGAAGAUUUUCCCACAGUAUGUGUUGGUAUAUGGGAUGCUUGUAGAAUCAGAGUCUCUGUUACUGGAGAGUGCUGUUCAAGGAACAGAACCAACUCUUGGAUUUAAUAUAGCCCCUUUUAUCAACCAAUUCAAGGUACCUGUUCGUGUGUAUUUGGAUCUGUCUACGUUACCAUGUCUACCCUUGAGCAAGCCAGCAGAGCUUUUACGGCUAGAUCUCAUGAACCCUCUGUUGAACAGCUCCAGCAGAGAAGUGAAGGUACAAAUUUGUAAGUCUGGCCAAGUCACUGCAAUUCCCUUCUGGUAUCACAUACAUCUAGAUGAAGACCAUAGCUUGAAUACAUCUGAUGAGUCCUCGCACUGGAAACAAGCUGCAGUUGUUCUUGAUGACCCCAUCCAAGUUCAGGUUGGAGAUGAACUUCUGCUUGAUGUUCAACACCAUAAAAGCAAUAUUAGCAUUACAGUUAAAUGGUGAAGAAUGUCAUGUGUAAACUGAUUUGUGGUUAAUUACUUAUGCAUAAAUCAACUGUUCAUAACAUCGCUGAUGUUAAUUUAUAUUAAAGUCUAAAUUUUAUCUACUGAUCAAA